CGCGUCCAUUGCAUGAACGUUUUCUGCCUUCUGCGCGCAAUUCGCUUUCAGUUGACCCAGUCCCUGGCCAAAGUGCAGUUCGCUCUAGUUUCGAUUCUUUCUCCGUUUUCUCUUCUUGCACUUCCGGAAUGUCCCGUUACCGACCGUCGUCAUCGUCAUCGUCCCGUCGCUACCAAGAGGGCCACGAGUGCCAACCGAUCCACACGAUCAGCGAGCUGCUGGAGUUUGAGCGACAUCCGGUGAGCUGGCGCAGUCUGGUCCAUCCGCUGGUGGCCCGUUCCGGAUCGCGGUAUUUGGGCGAGCGGUACCAGGAGAUCGAUUUCAACGCCGGCAUUACGGACUUUGUGGAGGACGGGACGCGGCCCCAGGUACUGCUGUGUCACGACUUUAAGGGGAACUAUCUGACGGAUCGGUUCAUCAACGGGACGACCGGGGGACCGUGGGUUGACUAUCGGUUCUAUAAUUGGGCCGCGGUGGACGUGUUUUGCUACUUUAGCCACAGCUUUGUGACGAUUCCGACGCUGCAGUGGCUGGAUUGUGCGCACAAGAAUGGGGUCAAGGUCAUCGGGACGUUCAUCAUCGAGGCCGGAAAUGCGAGCUUCCUGAAGGACAUUCUGCAGUCGGAGGAGUCGGCGCGGAGGGUGGCGGACGCGCUGGUUUCGGUGGCGCGGAUCUGUCAGUUUGAGGGUUGGCUCCUGAACAUCGAGUGUACCCUGGACGAGGACAAGGUUCCGCUGUUGAUAGAUUUUGUAGCUUAUCUGACGCGGAAGUCGCACGAGCGCAUUCCCGGAAGUUUGAUAAUCUGGUACGACGCCAUUACGGAGAAGGGCCUGCUCAGCUGGCAGAACGAACUGAACAGUCAGAAUCGGAGCUUUUUCGCGGCCUGCGACGGCAUCUUUCUCAAUUACACCUGGAACAACCAGAGUCUGGAGCGGACGGAUAACCUCAUCCGGAACUACUACCCGAACCGGAAGUUGGAUGUUUUCGUCGGAAUCGACGUGUUCGGCAGGGGACAAACGGCCAAAAUGGACACCCAUCAAACGCUGGCCACCGUCAUGCAGUUUAAAUUCUCAGUCGCCAUCUUUGCCCCCGGUUGGACCUUCGAAUCCCUGGAAGAAUCCAUGAAAAAGGAUCUCCUCACCCCAGAAGAGUGCAACAUCCGGUUCCUCAAACUGAACGAUCGCUUCUGGAACCUUCUCUGGCGGUACUUUUUCGUCCGCGGACCGCGCGAACUCCCCUUCUACACGUCGUUCUGCCUGGGAUCCGGCAAGAUCCGGAACCGCCUAGGCAAGUCCGAGGACCGUUCCUGGUUCAACCUGUCCCGGCAGGGCUUCCAGCCGACGAUCCCGUACGCCCCCCCGCGGGAACAUCCGGUCUACUGGACGCACAACUUCGAGUCCGCGCUGGACGGCGGAUCGUGCCUCCGGUUGGACGAGGUCCACCCCAACUGUCGCCUGUUUGCGUGCCACUUCCGGUGCGACGAGGACCUGCUGGUGGCGUACGCCUUCAAGCGCGGUUCCGGCGCGGAUGUGGCGCUGCUGUUGAAGGCGUACAACAGCCGGUACCACGACGCGCUGAAGAUCGUCUGCGGGGACGAGGGGUGCCACGUGAGCGAGCGGAGCAACGAGAUGAAGGCGGUGCCGCUGGAUGCCGAGGACUGCCGGAUGUUGCCCAAGUUGAAGCAGAUCAAGCUGCCGGCGGUGGCGAGCAUCCAGGGGUGGGAGAUUAGAUACUACUACCUCUCGUUCGCCGCCCUCGCCCACCAUCCGAUCGCCAUCGUGGACAUCGGCGUCGAGCUGAUCCGGAAGGAGGACGCCACCCCGGCCGAUCACGUCCUGCUGGGUGCGAUCUCGCUGAUGACCGGCUUUCCCGACGAUCGCGACCGCUUGCGGCACCUCACCACGGUCGAGUUCAACGGCAAGCGUCAGAACGCCGUGUAGAACCGCGGUUCCAGCUGUGGAGGUCGCACAGGUUAGUGGUUGCAAAUUGAUUACUUUGUUUUAUGAGGAAACAUGUGGCUUGCACUUUGAGGUUAGAA